GCCGGGCGCCGAGCGGUCUUCUGGAGUCCCAGCACCCCACGUCAAACGCUGGCUUGCAUUGCGCUCUGCUUGGUGAGCUUGUGGCCCAAAAUAAUGUUAGUUAUUUCGGAGUCCGAUUUUUUUGCAUUUCUCCCUCGGAACUUAAACAGUGUUUGACACAAAGUAGAUUCAUGAUAUAGGACGGACUUGUUUUCUUCCUUUUCUCCCUGGAGUGAUUUAGACUCGAAGAGAAGCCUUCUCUUUUCAGUGCAGACCAAACAAGUAUUCACAACCUAUGUGAGGCCAUCGGGCAGGCCUUGAAAUGACUGUCGUGAAAGCAUGUUUGAAGGAAAGGUCGGAAACAAACUUCCAGCAGUUUGGAACAUCCACCAUUCUCAGUGGGAAUGAUGGUGGUUUUAUGGGGCCAAGUCUACCUACUCUUUCUCCUCAGGCGGUGCCUCUUCAUAUAAGCCAUAUAAUGAUGGGAGAAACAGGAUUCAAACCCAGGAUCUUCCAACUCUGGAACAUUUUCUACAACAAAUAAAAAGCAGCAUAGUGAUAGUAACGUGAGUCUGAAAAAAUAAGGAUAUACAUCGGUGACAAGAAUAAACAGAUAUACAAGAUAUACAACGCCAAUAAAAACUGUUCAGUCAGGGAGAGAGGUGGAGACUGCUGAUGGCUGUGGGGCAGAUUUCUUGGUGAGAAGGUCCUGAACAUAGUUGGCAGAAAUGGGAUCUCACUAUGUUGCCCGGGCUGGUCUUGAACUCCUGGCUUCAAGCAAUACUCCCACUUUGGGAACUUUAAAUUAUUUUGAACCUUAAAGGAAUAUGAUUAUGGGACCUAAGUCACGUGACAGACAGAUGUAAAACUAAGGCAGGUUGACAAUAUGAAUAGACACUGAUUCUGGACCUGGUUUUGCUUACCUUCUAGAAGAUACAAAUGCUCAGAGUGCUAUUUAAAAAAAACCCGGAACAGAAGAUAUUGCAUGGAUUUGGAAGGCCAAUCGUUUCUUCAGACCCAGGAACAUACUCUACAGCCCAUAAUGUCCAACAAUGGGCAGAGUGGUAUCCUCCUCAGAGUGAUAGCUUGAUAGAGAAGUAGAAUAGGCUAUCAAACAUUGGUUGUCUAAAAUGGAGGGGAUAAAAGCAUGAAGGGCUGGCUUCCAUGCCUUUAGGAGUGCGUGCUCACACUCAACAUGAGUGGAACUAAAGGAGUGUCUCCACUAGAUUUUCCUCUGUUUUUCUGGUUUAUCUGGGGAAGAGGAGUGGAGAAGAUGCUGGUGUGACUAUGCAGUUCUUGCCAAGGGAGGAAUACACUGGUAUAAUGACUAUUUUUUUUUUCUUUCUUCCCCCCAUUACCUCAGAUAUUUUCCUGCCUACCUGAUGCAGUGAUCCCAGGAUCAGGGAUGCAACUAUGAGUGCUGGAAGCAGGGGUGAUGAUUCCUAAGCAAGAAAUGGUUUCUAUAAUCAGGAACUUGUUACUAAUCAUGAAGCCUCUCUUAAAACAUAUGACCUUUUUAGCCCUUUAUGAUGCUGAGAUGAGUCGUCACCUGUGUGUUUGGCUUUUUAGACAUCCAUCUCUUAAUGGUCACUCCCAGUGUUACAUCCACCUCCAUUCUCAUCAAUGUAGACAGAUACAUCUUGAUACAAGGCUGUGGGUUUUUAGACCAAACAGGAAUCUCAUUCUCCAUCUGUUAAAUAAGAACUGGUCCAGGAGAUACUGUCAUCAAGACUCCAAGAUGCUCUGGAAGCAUACAGCACUACAGAAAUAUAUGGAGUACCUGAAUAAGGAGUACCAAACACUUGAACAAUGUUUGCAGCAUACCUCUGUGAAUGAAGAGAACCGAAGGUCCUUGAACCGAAGGCAUGCUGAGUUGGCACCACUUGCAGCCAUUUACCAAGAAAUUCAGGAGGCUGAACAAGCAAUUGAAGAAUUAGAAUCAAUGUGUAAAAGUCUAAAUAAACAAGAUGAAAAGCAGUUACAAGAACUUGCAUUGGAAGAAAGGCAAACCAUUGAUCAAAAAAUCAACAUGUUAUACAGUGAGCUUUUCCAGAAUCUAGUGCCAAAAGAGAAAUAUGACAAAAAUGAUGUUAUUUUAGAAGUGACAUCUGGAAGAACUACUGGAGGUGAUAUCUGCCAACAAUUUACCCGAGAAAUAUUUGACAUGUACCAGAAUUAUUCAUGCUACAAACACUGGAAAUUUGAACUUCUGAAUUAUACACCAGCAGAUUAUGGUGGACUACAUCAUGCAGCUGCCCGAAUUUCUGGUGACAAUGUCUAUAAGCAUUUGAAGUAUGAAGGUGGGAUUCACCGAGUUCAGCGAAUCCCUGAGGUGGGCCUGUCUUCACGGAUGCAGCGUAUUCACACAGGAACAAUGUCAGUUAUUGUCCUUCCUCAACCAGACGAGGUAGAUGUGAAAUUGGACCCCAAGGAUUUACGUAUAGAUACAUUUCGAGCCAAAGGAGCAGGAGGGCAGCAUGUUAAUACAACAGAUAGUGCUGUCAGACUUGUCUACAUCCCCACAGGGCUAGUAGUAGAAUGCCAACAAGAACGAUCACAAAUGAAAAAUAAAGAAAUAGCUUUGCGUGUGUUGAGAGCUAGAGUCUACCAGCAGAUUAUUGAGAAAGACAAGUGUCAGCAACAAAGUGCUAGGAAACUGCAGGUGGGAACAAGAGCGCAGUCAGAGAGAAUUCGGACAUAUAAUUUCACACAGGACAGAGUCACCGACCACAGAAUAGCAUAUGAAGUUCGUGGUAUUAAGGAGAAACCUUGAGCCAGAGGCACCCCACUAAGCUGCUUCAGGAUACGUGGACCCUCAGAAACUGUGAGUUAAAGUUUGUUGUUUACAGCUGUUAAAUGUUAGGGUAACUUGUUAUGCCACAAUCUGUAACUAAUACACCCGAUGACCUUUCAUUUCAUGUC